AUGGCUUUUUAUCGCACAAAACUUCCAACUCAUGCACUAUUCUCCCUUGUUUCAAUCCUCUUUGUUUUGCUAGCCACUAAUAUAAACUCAGUUCAAGCACUGUCCUUCAAUUUCACCAACCUCUACACUGAUAAUUCUGAUAUCACCCUCCAAGGGGAUGCCCAUUUUUUAGAUAGUGGUGUCAUAGCACUGACAAAAAGUUCACCAUUUCCUCCAGAUCAAAAUUUUCCAACCGUAGGUCGCGCCUUAUCUUCAACUCUCGUGCCACUUUGGGACAGUGCUACCGGCAAUGGUGUCAGCUUCGUCACUUCCUUUUCUUUCAUCAUAGACACCACAAAAAGCCCUAUAACUGAUGGAUUGAUCUUUUUCAUUGCACCACCAGACACCGUGAUUCCCAUCAACUCAACCACACCAUUUCUGGGAGUAGUCGAUAGCCAAACUUCAAUCAAUCGGUUUGUUGGUGUAGAGUUUGAUAUUUAUUCCAAUUCUUGGGAUCCUAAUUGGAGACAUAUUGGAAUCGAUGUCAACUCUAUAAUUUCGACCAAGACCGUGAAAUAUAACUUGAUGAGUGGUUCGUUGACUAAAGUAAUUAUCAUCUAUGAUUCUCCUUCUAACACAUUGAGUGCUGUUGUUAUUUAUGAGAAUGGUAAAAUUUCCACUAUUGCUCAAGUCAUUGAUUUAAAAACAGUGCUCCCAAACACGGUUCAGAUUGGUCUAUCUGCUGCGACACUAACCGGUGAAUCCUACCACAUCCAUUCAUGGUCAUUCGUAUCAGACUUUGGAACAACUACUGGAAAUAUUGUCUCAGAAGUAUGA